AUCACAAAUAUACACGCACAAAUGUGAUAUAUAAAGAGCUGGUGGCUUUCCCAGUAAGACAGACAGAUAGGAAGCUUUGUUAAAUCAAAGGAAUUGAAGCUGAGAGAUCAAUAAAGAAAGGGCUCUGCUAUAGUGUUAGUGAGUGGGAGAGAAAAAUAAUAUAAUUAUGGAUAAAUUGUAUUUGUAUGGGUUGAGCCACCUCUUUAUGACGGUUUUUCUUCAUAACUUCUCCACUCAUAUGGUGAUACCAGCCAUCACGGAUGUAACCAUGGCGGCGCUCUGUCCCGGAGAGGAUGAAUGCUCCCUUGCCAUCUACCUCACUGGUUUUCAACAAGCGAUGGUAGGACUUGGAACGCUUGUGAUGAUGCCACUCCUGGGUAAUCUCUCAGAUAAAUAUGGGAGGAAAACCAUUAUCACACUCCCCAUGAUCCUCACAAUUAUUCCAAUAGGUAUAUUAUCUUAUAGCAGGACGAAAGAAUUCUUCUACAUAUACUAUGUCUUUAAGAUUCUCAUUUCCAUGGUUUGCGACGGAAGCGUUCCUUGCCUCGCCCUGGCUUAUGUGGCAGAUAACGUAACAGAAGGUCGACGCGCCACCGCGUUUGGGAUUCUUUCGGGAAUAGGCUCCGCCGCCUUCGUCUGCGGCACUCUUUCAACUCGCUUCCUCUCUGCUGCCCAAACUUUCCAGGUUUCCACUCUUGUGGCGGUGAUUGCAGCAGUGUACAUGUUAGUUUUCCUUCGGGAUUCGAUUAUCGAUGAGAAUAAUCUUUCUACACCAAUCCUUACGGCAGAAAAGCCCGCCGCCACUAAAAUUGAAGCAAAACCGAAAAGCAAUGUGCAACUGUUUCAAGCUUUGCGAUCUCUACAAGACCUAGCUUCCUUCCUCACUGGCAGCUUGACUAUUACUCAAGCAGCAAUUGUUGCGUUCUUCAGCAACCUUGCAGAUGCUGGUCUUCAUGGUUCAAUGCUGUAUUACUUAAAGGCUCAGUUUCAUUUUGACAAGAAUCAGUUUGCUGACUUGAUGGUCAUUUCUGGGGUUACAGGGACUGUGUCACAGCUUGUUCUUAUGCCCAUUUUGGCCCCAAUUCUGGGAGAGGCAAGACUUCUUUCAAUUGGACUGUUUUUCGGCUGUAUUCAUAUGUUCCUUUACAGCAUAGCAUGGUCCUCGUGGGUUCCUUAUGCUUCAGCCAUGUUCUCAAUAGUAUACGUUUUUGCACAGCCCUGUAUACGGAGCAUAGUCUCUAAACAAGCUGGUUCUCAUGAGCAGGGAAGGGCUCAGGGUUGCAUUUCGGGCAUAUGUUCAGUUGCACAUAUUGCUUCUCCCUUGGUUUUCUCUCCAUUGACGGCUCUUUUCCUAUCUGAAAAGGCACCUUUUAAUUUUCCUGGCUUCAGCAUAAUGUGCAUUGGAUUUGCUUCGAUGAUAUCUUUUGCUCAAAGUCUGAUGGUGAAAGUGGUUCCUCCCAUUUUGAGUUGAAGGACAAAUAUUAAUUGGGGCCCUAAUAUUAGUGAUCGUAAAUAUUUACUCAACAUGGAACGACACAUUUCCUCCGGCUAUGCAUUUGACGAGGAAGCAAGAUGUUGAAGUCUGUUCCUAGAACUGGAAUUAUAGCAAUAUUUUAUAGGCUUUUCUAGUUUAGCACCAUUGUAUUGCUUUGGUUCGUCUAUAUGGCCUUUUUUAGAUCAAAAGAUACCAAGGUAAAUUUUGAUUUUUACAGUUAUUGACAUUUUGAUAUCUUGUUACACAAUUUGGAAAUACUAAUCAAAAUAUGUGAAAGUGAAAAUGUGAAAUAUA